AUCACCAAUGAUGAGGACGACGACGACUACUGCUCCUAUGCAUACAACGACUGCUCCUACUGCUAGACGACGACAAGCAGCUGGUAGCAGUAGUAGCAGCAACAGCUUUGUUCAUCCCGGCCAUUGCAGUGCAAGUGCUCACCGUGGGACUUCACCAGAGCUGCUCCUUGACGGCGACGGCACAGUCGCACGAAAGCAGCAUCGAAUCAGGGAGGAGCAAGAAGUGCUACACAUACACAUUCACACUAGAAUUGCUUCAGAUGGAUCUGCACAUUGACGAGGAGAAGAAAGAGGGUUGUAUUACGGGGGAGGCUGUGGAAGAGCUGGCAUUGGCAAAAGAAGACGACGAAGAUGAUCAGCUCCUGGAUCAGGAGCUCGUGGAGCUUCCAGACGAGUUGAUGCCAUCCCUUCGCGGGAAGCGUGAGUACACAACAGAACAAGAGUUGCAAGACGCCCUUGUCGUAGCUGGCCUUGCAGAUCUUCCGAUUAUUUUGGUGGGUGGACGUGCUCUCUUGAAAACGCCGUCGGACCAGCACAACAUAUUCACAACCAAGUAUGUACAAAACUUUGUUCGAUGGAGCAAAAACUCAUGGGGUAUGUGCACUGGAACCCACAAAAUUCACAUGCCAAGAAACAAGUCCCGGGACCCUGACAUCAGUUACUGGGGUUAUCCUCGAUGCGUCAAAGUAGACGGAGAUUUGGUGCCCGCUGAUUAUGGAUCCGUGCCGGACGUGGUGGUCCAAUUUUCUUGGAACAACAAAAGGGGGUGCGAAGAAGAAGCCAUUGUUGAUAUUAUGACGAAGAGCUUGGAGAAAGACCACGGUACAUGCAAUAAUUCACUUCCAAGAUUGGGAUACCUGAUCAAAGUCCAAUUUAAAAGGAAGCGAAGAUUGGUCAAUGCUGUGAAAGGCAAGUACACCCAAGACAUGGAGGGGCUAGAUAUUUAUCGCCUGGAAUCGAACACGACAUUGGCCGAUGCUUACGACGCAUCUAAUGACCGUGCGCGUGCAUGGAGCUACACGCCAGGAGACGAAGAAAGCUACAUUGAGAUUGGACCUCAAGAUUUGGGGAUCACUGGGUUCCAAGCAUGGCUUUGUGGAACAUAUCGGAUUCCUGUGUCCAAGAUAUUUUUGAGGAUGGAAGAGUACCACAAGGAACGACAAAAAGAUGGCCUUGCGACGUAGGUGUUUGUACUCCAAGGAACGUUAUCACUGGCCGCGUCGCUUUCAUGGGAUAUGCAGCGUGCCCAUUGAAAUGCUCCCACGAAAUACAAGUACUGCGUGCUUUCAUGGACUACUCAAAUUGAAAUUGGACUACUACAACCUCAUUAUUCUAAACAUAAACAACUACAAGUGCAUGGUAGCUGGCCCAGUCCUGUUGCUUUCGAACAAUCGCCGUGACAAAUUGGAUAGCAAAUCUUCUGAUGAAAUAAAAGUAGAACGCAGCCUAUAUUACCUGCCCAACCUGUUCUAUUUUCU